GGGUGCGGUGCGCCGUGUUUUUAUUUAUGGAGGGGUUGUGUUCCUGUUUGUCUGUCUGUCUGUCUGUCUGGUCGUCUGUUUGUUUGUUUGUCUACUGACCUAUCCGCCUACCUACCUAUCUAUAUACGUAUCUUAGAUAUCUAUCUAUCACCCCCUCUCUGUGCUGCAGAAAAAUUGAAGUCGAUUGAUUGAGUUAAAAUCCAUCAAUUCAUCCAACACAUGCACCCCUCCCAUCCUAAUUCCCACAUCUUCAAUCAGCACACCUACCAUCCAAACAUAAUCACAAACACAGCCACACCAUGUCUCAGAAACCCCCUCGCAUCGUCGAAUAUGAGCGGCAGGCCGAGCAGCGCGCGCGCGAACUCGACGAGAUGACAGCGGCGCAGGACCGCAUGAUGGAAGCCCAGAUGCGCAUUCAGGCCGAGGCGGAUCGGAUCGCGCAGGAACAGUAUGAGAUGGAGCAGUAUUAUGAGACGGAGGCGUUGAAACAUGCAGAGGAGAUGCGGAUUCAUCAGGAGGAGGUGAGGAAACAUGAAGAAUUUAUGAGAAAACACGAAAGGAGACUGCGUGAUCACGAAGCAAGCAUGGAGGCGUUUGCAAAGGUGAUUGCUAUGCCUGCGAAACCGACGAGGGCGAGACAGAUUUCAUUCAUGGCGCCUUCGCAGAGAGGCGGGAAUGCGAAUCCGAAUGGGAGUCCGAAUGGGAAUGGGAAUGGGAAUGGACUUCUUAUGACGCCGCCGAGACCGCCGGCUGCGUUUCCGGGGUGAGGGGGAGGAGAGGAGGAGUGAGAUUUGGAGAGGGGGUGGGAGUGAGAGGAAGUAGAGUAAUGGAUGAGUUGCGGAUUGGGAUGUUAGUUUCUUUGGUGAGGAAUGAGGUGGAUUUGCAGGGUGUGGGAGAUGGUGUUUUGAAGAGGAGGAGGAGAACAAACAAACGAAGAAAGAAGGAGAGUUUCAAGAUGUUUGAUUUGAUUAAUAGCGAGAGAGCGUCGCAAUGACGAGUAGUCGAUAUCAUGGUUACAGAACCAACAGAGUUCGAACAAUCUAACUCUGGGGA